AUGACCCUGCGCUCUUCCGAGUCCUCGGAUGGCGCGGAGCGGGCCGGGACCGAGUGGCGGGGUCCCGGGGCUGAGGUGACCGAGAGGGCGGCGGCGGAGCGCCUGGUCGCGGCCAUGGAGGAGCUGAGGCGGGCAGGGUGGUACUGGGGCAGUAUGAAUGUUGCUGAAGCCAAAGAGAGAUUACAAGAUACUCCUGAAGGUACUUUCUUGGUUAGAGACAGCUCCCAUUCAGAGUAUCUACUGACUAUCUCCGUAAAAACAUCAGCUGGACCAACCAAUCUGCGUAUCGAGUAUCAAGACGGCAAAUUCAGACUGGACUCCAUCAUAUGUGUCAGAUCUCGGCUUAAACAAUUUGAUAGUGUGGUCCAUCUGAUUGAAUAUUACGUUCUUACAUGCAAGGAUAGAAAAACUGGGCCUGAAACUUCAUCAAAUGGAAUAGUGCAUCUUUAUUUGAACAAACCUCUCUAUACUUCAACUCCAUCUCUGCAACAUCGCUGUAGAAUAACUAUAAACAAAUGUACAAAUAAGAUCUUGGAACUGCCUUUACCAACAAGAUUAAAAGAGUACUUGAAAGAGUAUCAAUACCAGGUAUAAAUAUCUUUUCUAAAUAUAUCUCACGUAGAGUAACUUUGAAUGCAACUAUUAAGAUCAGCCAAAGAACUGAGUAUCCAGCUGUACAAUUCAGCAUGGAAUUUAUCAUCAAAAUAGCGUCAGUCUAUUGGGGGGAGGCAUUUUAAAUUUGGAUUUAAAAUGCCUCCAAAUAAGGUUCUGCGCAGAGCCUUCCCAAAUCAUAUUUUUGAUGGGAGUGGAGGGGGUGAGGCUGCAGUCUCUUUAACAAGGUAUGUUCAGAUCCUUGGGAUCCUGUCCAAGAUGCACAGUGUUAUGUUUGAAGAAAAUGGUGUAGAGCACUGUAAUGGCCACCAAGUGAUAUUUGAAGUGGUGAUCCACAGGCAGUGGGAGAGACUGCAGCUUUAGAUGGGAAAGGUCAUAGAAUAAGUAAAUGGCCUCAGUUGUCUGAUUCCAAGGCUAGUUAGGUGCUGAUGCUGGUAUGCUUUUGCAAUGUUAAGUGGCUUGUGCUUGUGAUUCUCUGGCCAAACUUAUGCAACUAAUCAACCAAGCCAAAAAGCUAUCAACCUCCAUUUUUAGUCUGUACUGAACCAUAAUCCUGUGGGGUUUUUAGCUCUUGUUUUUGUUUUGUUUUGUUUUUUUGCAAACACAAGAGUACUGCAGUAAUCAAAUUAAAAACCUUUUGGAAAUAAGCUAUUAAAACUGGAUUUAAGGGGAAACACUUCAUUAUCUUUCAGGGGACCCCAGUGUGUCACUGAUAUAUCAGAUUGGUAUACCAGCAUCUUUGUUGAUGUGUUAACAUCUUCCCUUCUUACUAUUUAGCCUCUUUUGGAUGAGGCCAUAGACUCGACACUGCAGCUCUGCAGUUGCUCAGUUUCAAUAUCUAAGCAUGACUCUCAGCAGUUAUGGCUGCCUUCUACAAUGUAGAAGACCUUUUUCAAUUUGUUUCCUAGAACUAUAGGAAAGUUUGUUUAUACACUGCUGUAGCUAUCAGAUUUCAGACUGUAUUCAAUAAAGUGAACCUAACUGCA